AGUCGUUCCAAACAAGGCAAGCCCACAUACAGAGCCACAGUUCACUUUGUCAGGAGUACAAUACAACUUAGCGGUUGACUGAUCUUGUGUUAGCUGAUAACAAUGGCCUCCAGGACUCCAGUUCGCUUAGACCCAGUAACAGGCAAAAAGAUUCCACCGCCUGUUUCGCCGAAGCCUGUCAGAAUGACAGCCACACGGUUAACGAAAGCGAAUUCCAGACCGCCACCACCAUCGCUUCAGUCUUCAGGUGGAAUGAAAAGCACUGAAGAAGAACUUGACGCACUAACUGAUCUUCUUGUGAAGAAUUUGGAGAAUACAGGCGAUCCAGACUUUUUCGGAAUGUGCAGUAAAUGUGGGCAGAAAGUCUCAGGAGAGGGGACGGGUUGUACUGCCAUGGAAAAAUUAUUCCACAUCAAGUGUUUCCUUUGUGACAAAUGUGGAUGUCAGCUGACUGGCAAGGUGUUCUACAAAGUGGAAGAGGAAGUGUUUUGUGAGGCAGACUAUCUAGAUACACUGGAGACCUGUUGGGCUUGUAACAAACGUAUCACAGAAAGGAUUCUACGGGCCACUGGGAAAUGUUUUCAUCCAGACUGUUUUGUGUGUGAAGUUUGUAGUAAAAAACUUGAUGGAAUACAGUUCACAGUGGACAACUUUAAUAUAAUCCAUUGCAUUGAGGACUACUAUAGGAAAUACUCUCCAAGAUGUGCAGCUUGCAAUCAGCUUAUAGUCCCUGAAGAGGGUCAAGAAGAAACUGUUCGUAUUGUCUCAAUGAAUAAGGAUUUUCAUGUCAAGUGCUAUGUUUGUGAGGACUGCAGUGCCCCUUUAUCAGCAGAGAAGGGUGGCUCUGGCUGUUAUCCUUUGGACAAUCACCUUCUAUGUCAAGACUGCAACGCAAUCCGUGUUCAGAAGAUGACAGCUGAACUAGAUUAUAGGCCAGCACGGCCUUUGACAACUGAACUAUGAGACCUGUGUGGUUACUAACAAGUAGAAGCUGACUUUGUGAAUGAGGACAAUGUAUUAUCAAUGGUUAUGUUAUUAUAAUUAACUACUUCAUUGUUAACUGGGAAUGGUUGUCAGAAAUUCAUUGUGUCUGCAGUGUCAAGGAACACAGUCUCUGACUUUGAAAUUCAGCACCAGCUUGAUUGUCAUGGAAGAAGUUUCCUUAACUUGUUUGGACUGUUUUUAGAAAUUAGUAUAAGUGAUUUGUCUUCUAAAAGGUUGUAUAGAAAAGUCUUGUCUCAGGGUAAGAAUAAAGCAUUAGUCAGUUGUAAAGGGACUGAACUUUCCUUCUUCUGAUGAAACUUCUUCACCAUGUGAGCUGAUAAAGUGAUUACCCGUCCCGCUGGUUGGGGCUGAACAUUGGUGCAAAUGUUUCUGAAGAAGAAAAAGAGCCUCCUGUUCCUUUACUAAAGCAAUAAAGCACUGAGAUUUUCAUAGGUUUAUUAUGGUUAAAGCAAGUUUGCAGCAGUACACAAAAUUCCUGUUUGGUUGCUACCUGAACAGAAUAUCUGUUAGAUGCUUUCAAUUGUACAAUAAUUUUAAAGUUUUCGCAGAUUAUAACUAUCACCAGCUGGGAGUUUAUGGCUUGACAUAGAAUGGCAGAGUAUAAAAAUAGCAAUGAAUAAAUCAAUCAUUGUUCAGAAAUUAUGGAAGUUUGUAAUGCCAUGGUUGACUGUUGUUCAGAGAAAAAGGUUUUGAUAGAAUAUGAAACAAUUUUUUUUGGUGAUUUAGUUUGUUUGUUGGUUUUCUUUUUGUGGUAUAUUAUAACAAAGGGUAUAUUUAUUUAACCCUUUAACUCCCAUGUGUGACCAAGGUCGAGGCAGACCAUUGCAUAACAUUAUCACAAAAAUAUCAAGCUGACAAGAGAUGAGAAUAAAAGAAAGUAUCAAUUAGGGGAUAACUGGUUGAUCCAAUUCAAAAUUCUCUGCUCUAACACCAUAAGAAUUGUAUGGCAGAUGGCAAGGAGAAUUACUUGAGAGAACUUGGGUGUGAGAGGGUUGGAAAGAUAAGUUCACUUUUGAAUUUGUGUGUAGUUUCAAAUAGAAUGUUUUAAGUAAAUUUUCAAGAUAACACGCACUUUGACAAAUGAAUAAAAAAAAUCUUGAUUUAUUUAGUGUACUAAAGUUCCUACUAUGAACAGGAAUUGCAAUGGUCACCUGCACCUUUUUUGAGCAGAAAGCUGAUGUGGAGAAAUAUAUGAGCUUAGGGAUAUUGAUUGGCAUUUAAAGCCAAAUUCUUACUACUAAAAUUUUAAGACAUUUAUGGCAGGUACUGGAAAGAAUUGAUGUGUAGAUCUUAGGCAUAAGAAGUCUAACAGUUGAUCUUAGAACAAGUUUGGCUCUUUCAGAAAAAGGAAAAUUAAAGGAUGAACCUUCUUAUAAGA